AUGGCCUUUUUACACUCUCAUUCGUGCGAGUGUCUCAAAUCAGAAUUGGAAUUAUUCACCGUCCCACCAACGCAAGCAACAAUUGAAAACUCGCAAUGGUUACAUUACAAACCAAUAUCGUCGUUAACCGAUGAUUCACCUAUAGAAUUUGUUAUACCAGGCCAGGGGGAAGAAUACAUCGACUUACCACUUACCAUGUUAUGUAUCAGUGUUCAAAUAAGACCGACCGUUUUCAAAGAAAUUCCAAAAAAAGAAGAGACUUCAGGUGCUGUUGAUAAGCUAGUAGGACCCGUCAAUAAUUUUAUGCAUUCGUUAUUCAAACAGGUAGAUGUAUUUUUCAAUCAAAAACUUGUAACACCCCCAAAUAAUGCGUACGCUUACAGAGCUUAUAUAGAAACAUUGCUUAAUUAUGGCCCUGCUGCAAAAAACUCUCAUUUAACAAGUGUGUUGUGGUAUAGCGAUACGGGUAGUGAAAUAGCGCAACCAUCUAUCUUAAACGCCAGUUUUCUAAAACGGUGUUUGUUAACAGCUAAUGCUGAAGAUUGA